UAUUUUUUCGCAGGCGGUGAUAGGCCUUGCCUUGCUUUCUCACCCUUCCCCACCGCGGGUGGAGCGACCGAGGUGUUUCAUAUAAAAGUCCAAUGGUCGGUCCAAGCUGAUAUCAGUUGUCUCUCCACUGAAUCUCAAACAACACACAAUGGCCUUCAAGUUUGUCGUCUUCGCCGCCUGCGUGGCCGCCGCCAACGCUGGACUGGCUCCUCUGUCCUAUGCCGCCCCCGCCUACACCGCCUCGGCGUACGCCUCCCCCCUGGCCGUUGGCGCCCCCGCCAUCUCGUCGGUGUCCCAGAACACCCUCCGCAGCUUCGGCAAUGUCGGCCAGGUCAGCACCUACAGCAAGUCCCUGGACACCCCCUACUCCAGCGUGCGCAAGUCUGACAUCCGUGUGACCAACGAUGCCCGCACCUACGCCACCUAUGCCGCCCCCGCUUACACCAGCUAUGCUGCCCCCGCCUACACCAGCUACGCCGCCCCCGCCGUCGCUCACGCCACCUAUGCCGCCCCCGCUGUCGCUCACGCCACCUACGCCGCCCCCGCCAUCUCCGCUCACCCCGCCGCCCUCGGCGUUGCCUACUCCGCUGCCCCCGCCGUCGCUCACUACAGCUUCGACGGACUUGGCGCUCACUAUGCCUACUAAAUAAGCCUGAUUCUUAUUUAUUUACCAAAUGUCAUCUUGUAAAAAUGUAAUAAAUUAUUUCUGAACACCUCUGAAA